CUCUUCCCUGCCGUUCUUUCGGCCACAGUAUUUCUGACUCCAUCAGACUGCAGAUGCACAUACGUGGGGAAAAUAUCAACAUUCAGCCUUUCUCAUGUGAUCUCCAUCUGUUUCAGGAAUCUUUGACUCAUUACCGGAACGCUAAACGGCCCCUCCGCUUUCCCGCCGUAAGGUAGUCAAGAUGACAAUCUCCGUUUCCGGUGGGCUCUCUCGGGAGUGCUGAGUGUCCUGAGAGGUCAAAGCUGCUAGACGUUAAAUUAGGGAUUUGGUGAGAGACCCCUUGACUAGGAAUAAGAGUCAUGGCCCACGGACAUGGACAUGAACAUGGACAUAGGAAAAUGGAACUUCCAGAUUAUAAGCAAUGGAAGAUAGAAGGGACACCAUUAGAAACUGUCCAAAAGAAGCUGGCAGCACAAGGGCUAAGGGAUCCAUGGGGCCGGAAUGAAGCUUGGAGAUACAUGGGUGGCUUUGCAAACAAUGUUUCCUUUGUUGGUGCUUUAUUAAAAGGAUUCAAAUGGGGAUUUGCUGCAUUUGUGGUAGCUCUAGGGGCUGAAUAUUACCUGAAGUCCCAGAACAAAGAUAAGAAACAUCACUAAAGAUAAUACCUGGACAUAUCUUACUGGUUUCUUAACUCUCUUAUAAAAUUAAGAUUUCUUCACUAUAGCCUAUUUGUCUCUGUGUUUGUCUCUUAAAGAAUGUAAGUAAGAUUUAAUAAAGUAAGAAAAGCACAUG